GGCGAAACUAUACAUUUUCCCGUGAAAGCUCGCUACAAAUAGGUCAUAUACAAAUGUAAUUCAAUAUAAUUAUUAAAUUUCCGUUCUAAUUAAUUAAUAUAUCACUUAAGAAAAUAAAUUAAUGUAACAAGUAGUAGAUGUACUAACAUGGAAUUUCUAUCUAAUCCUAAAAAUGUGUUCUUCUAACUCUCUUAUCAAUGAUCAUUACACAAUGGAUUUCUUAAUAACAUAUUACUUGUUCUUCUUCCAAAAUAAUUGGAUGUUAUGUCUUUUUAUUUUGCUAAGAAAAAAAACAUUUGUUGAGAAUUAACGCAAGGGAGAAUUUAGCCACGCGUGCCAACAUGAGCUGUAUGUGUGGGUGGUGAUAGACGCGCGUGCCUCAAUCUCCCACGUGUAAAUAAAGACAUCAACAUAUUUUUUAGGUGUUUAAAUAUUUUCUCAUAAAAAUUAAACUUUUGGUAUUUAAAUACCACAUGUUUCUUUGGGAGGGGGAGGUUUUCUAUCUUUUAACUAAAUUCCUUUUCCUAAUAAUAUUGUAGUACCAAUCAAGUGCCUACUUUCGAAAAUAACAAAAUAAAAGUUUAAUGUUUAAAAAUGACUAAAUUAAAUCGAUGACCAGCAUGACGAGAAGACGCACUAUAUAACAACAAUGGUUGAGCCAAGAAGCAUUAGUGGUGAAGAUACACUACAACUCCAAAAAUAGAGUUUGUGAGCUUUCAGUCAGGUUUCUUUUACACUCGUUUCUUGAAAUUAGAUUCUUGUGCUCAAAGAAACCUUAAAACUAUUUACCUUUUCUCUUUCCGGACUACAAAGUUAGAUUUAUCAAAACUUAGAGCUCGGAAUCAAUGGAGAUCAAAGCUGAAACGAUGCAAAAGUCAAAGUUCAAAAGAAUCUGUGUCUUCUGUGGAAGCAGCCAAGGCAAGAAGAGUAGUUACCAAGAUGCUGCUGUUGAUCUCGGCAACGAACUGGUUUCAAGGAAUAUUGAUCUAGUCUAUGGAGGUGGGAGCAUAGGAUUGAUGGGUUUGGUUUCACAAGCUGUUCAUGAUGGUGGUCGUCAUGUUAUUGGAGUCAUUCCCAAGACCCUCAUGCCCAGAGAGUUAACUGGUGAAACAGUAGGAGAAGUAAGAGCAGUUGCAGAUAUGCACCAAAGGAAAGCUGAGAUGGCUAAGCACUCUGAUGCUUUUAUUGCCUUGCCAGGUGGCUAUGGAACCCUUGAAGAAUUGCUUGAGGUCAUAACUUGGGCUCAGCUUGGAAUACAUGAAAAGCCGGUGGGUUUGCUCAAUGUUGAUGGAUACUACAACUCUCUGCUCUCAUUUAUCGAUAAAGCAGUGGAAGAAGGAUUCAUCAGCCCUACUGCUCGUGAGAUCAUCGUCUCUGCUCCUACUGCUAAAGAGCUUGUGAAGAAACUAGAGGAAUACGCACCUUGCCGUGAAAGUGUUACGUCUAAGCUUUGCUGGGAGAUGUAACGGAUUAGAGAAUGAUCAAGAUCAAGAACUAAUAUAUAUCUAUUAUAACUAUCUAAAUAUUUUAUAUAUAGAUAUGAAAAAUGUCUAGAAGAUUUUCAUGAUUUUGAUCAUACUAAAAAAGGAAUAGAUUCUGUUUAGUUGGGGUAAAGUUUAUGUAAAUUAUUAGUACUAGUACUACUGUCUUUUAACUCCAAA